GAAGUGUAGUCUUUUGGGUAUCUUAGUGGUAUUGGAGAUAGUCCUCCAUUAUGAGCUAUGUUUGUUUACAAUUGAAGCUUUGAGUGCAGGCUAACAUGAACACAGAAUUCCUUUCACAUGCCAUGCUUUUGUGUAGAUACGUUUUUUUCUUGCACUUCAAUGAUGAGGACUUGCUUCUGAGUUUCUAUGAAUGAUGGUAUGCUAUGUCACGUGGCGCAGUUCUAUAUAAGGUGGUAGCCAUGGGGUGAUUUUACAGCAAUAGACAGUGAGAUUUUUCAGCUGCUAUUAACAAUAAUUUGACAAGAGUGUAGACAGUGGAGGGUAAUGCAUACAAGAGUGGCAAGCUGGAUGUUCUCUAGAACAAUGAUCCCCAACCCCCAGUACCCGGUACCGGUCCGUGAGGCAAAAAAAUGCCUACUCUAGACCGGUUCACGGUGCAAAAAAGAUUAGGGAACACUACUCUAGAACAUUUGACGAUCACGUUGGGGGGACAUUCACUAAAGCUUCAUCAAAAUAUUUCCAUCUAAUUAUUACCAUUGUUUCUCUUGGUAUGGUCCCAACAAUGUCCUUUGUAAGUAAAUGUGGUGGAUUGUUAAUAUACCAGUGCAAUAUUAUGAGGUUGUGAACUUUUACAGUUUAUUUUUUAAUUAAUACAAAUUCUUUGCUUUGAUUCAUAUUAAUUUGCUUGCCAUCUUGAACAGCAUAUGUGUGUGUUAAUAAAAUAUUGCUGUAAUAAGGAGUGACAAAGAGAUGCAGUAACACAAAUAAGUUCACUAAAAGUAUGAAUGGGGGCAUCAUCUGGUGUGAGAGCACAAUACUAACUUGUGUGAAAAAAAACAUGAUGAAAACUGAUGUCUGGCAAUAAAUUUUAACUUUGUAAAACUCUGUGUUUCUUCUAUCAUUUAAAUGUUGUAAAAUUGACGAAAUCAGAUGGGUGUUAUUAUCACCUUGCUGUAGCUCGCACAAACAUUAAUAAACACAAAUGUAGGAAAUUGUAAGCCUUCAUCCCACAGACAUUUUUUUAAAUUCUAGGCUUUUAACUCUAUGGAAAAGGUUUGGGAAGGCCUUCGUCUUGUGAAAAGGAGUUGAAGCAUACAGUAGCUGCAACCAACUCGUAUUUUCUUAAAUCGUUGCUUCCCCUGGAUGUCAUUGUCAGUUGUUCCAAAACCUUUGGGCAUGUCCUCUAUAUCUCAUGUAUCAGUUUUUGCACUUGUUGGCUGUAGUAAUUAUAAACUUUAGAAUGCUACACAUUUUAUUAAUAAACGGGAAACAACUUACAUUACACAGGCUACUACUGGACUUUAUUUUUAUCUUCAUUGUCUCUGAAUUCAUUGACCAUGGAUACAAUAUUUGUUUACAAUGAUAAAUACAGCGACGUUGCUGCCUUUAACGGAAGACCAUGUUGUGUCACACGUUUUUCAAUGACAAGCGUGCAGUAAAAACUUUUCCUGUUCUGCUUCGACUUCUAAUGCAGGGCUAACCACAUGUAGACAGACCACAGCUGAACUGUUUCACGUUGCGCUGUACGUGCAAAACUAGGCAGCGGCACCAUGUGCAGCGGCGAUCUUUGACAAAAGAGUGAGGUUCCCAUUUUAGUCUACUCAAAUAAAUUGUGCCAUACAGAAAGGAUUGCAUCAUGUGGAGAACUGUUUCGACAUGAACUAAAGUUACCCAAAACAUGGAGGGUCACAGUCCACUGAACGGCACAACAUCUAUCUCAUGGAGGAGAAGCAGGAGGAAAUUGUCUCUGCUGGAAAAGCUUCGAAGCUGUCAGCAAGCCUGGUGCCCCGCAGUACCCUGGGAAAGAGCGCAGGCCCAUUCCAACCUCUCUGGAACACCUGCUGGGAGUUUUGUGAUUGUGAGGGAUUGUGUGACAUCUCUGCCCAGUUUGCUGUGUGUGUCUGCGGGAGGAGAGGAUGUAGCAGUUCUUGAGUAUAAUAUCUCAUGCACAGCCACAGUUUUUCAGUUGUCGGAGUCUCGUCUUUCUUUCUCUGAUUUGGCUCAGCUGGUCUUCUUCUACUCUUUAACCAGAGACGUGUUGGCUAACUGUCUAAUGAUUCCUCGUUGGAUGGACAAUGUGUCUGAGAGCACCAAAGAUCGUCUUUCUCAGCUUGAACCCCAAACCUGGCUGAGCUCACCACCCGACCAGAUGUCUGAUGAAAUCACCCACAUGGAGCCAAACACUGUAAUGUGCUCCAUACAGUUGACUUCCACCAAUGGGGCGUUGUGUGUCAUCAAUCCACUUUAUCUGCAUGAACACGGCGAUGAAUGGCUUUCUCAUCAGGCGACUGGUCUGCAGUGCAUCUCACGGGCGACACAUUGUCGAAGAGAACGACGCCUCAGUUCCACUCGAACAUGGGCCGGGACGGGCCUGAUUAGCAAACGAGCCAUUUCCUUGGACCAGGAACCUUCUUAUGCCACAACUGAGUGUUCAGGACUAAUCAGAGCUAAAUCAGAAGAGUCCCCGCUAACCUCAUCGAUGUCAGCUCUCCAAGGAGCGGUUGUCCUCAGGCGCUCUAGCCUAAGUCCCACGUCCAGCCUUUCCAAGAGCGGGAGCACAGGGCGUUUACUUCCUUCUACCACUGAGCUGCGGAACCGUGGCAGCCCUGGGCCUCAGACCCCUCACAGAGUGUCCUGGAUCGAGGAAGGAUUCUGGCUGCCUCCGGCCCAGAGGCCGUCCUCCUUGCUUCAGCCUCCAUCACCUGAGCUCGACUCGCUGUCUGUCAGCAGCAUUGAAGAAGAGCCGGAGGAUCAGUCGCCAAGCCCCGUGGCGCACCACCCGUCGGCCCACCGGCUGGCCGACAAAGUCAUACAUCGCCUGUCAGCAGUGGGCCAGGCUCUCGGCAGCUUGGUGUGUCAGAAGAAGAGGCUGACCAACCGUGUGCUAGAUCUGAGCGAGAAGAAACGUGGCUCCUUUGCAGAUGCUGUAAGAGAAUUUGUGGAGGCGACGCUGCAGAGAGAUCCUGAUCCUGGUGGUUUGACAGGGUCCGAGUUCUUACAGGAAGUGAGGUCUUCACUUACUUCACUGAGGGAGACUCUCUUGGACUACACCGAUAUCCAGGCACUGCUGAACAGUAUGGCCGACCUUAGUGACUCAGAGAUAGACUCGCUGGUAGAGAUCUCAGUGCAUAAGGUGGCCCUAAAGCCCGUGUCAGCUCACAUCUACUCUUGCCUUCACAUCUGGCGUACCAAUGAUAGCAGUCUCCAACGAUUGGAGAACAAUCAGCGUGUUCUGGAACACAAUGAUGUGGAGGCACUAGGAGGGGCAGCUGGAGUUGGCGUUCCUGACUCCGUCACCCUUGAGCGGAUUCAACAAAGGUGGAUGAGUAUGCAUGAGGCCUACUCCCCGGACAAGAAGGUCCAUAUCCUGCUCAAAAUCUGCAAGAGUAUCUACCACAGCAUGAGUACCAAUGCCAGCUCAGAUGUGGUGUUUGGAGCUGAUGAUUUCCUGCCCUGCUUGACGUGGGUGCUUUUACGUAGUGAACUGGUCAACUUGCAACUAGACACAGACUACAUGAUGGAGCUGCUGGACCCAACACAGCUGCAGGGAGAAGGUGGCUACUACCUCACCACCCUGUACGCUGCUCUCUACUACAUCAGCAGCUUCCAGCCACGCCUAGCUGCCCGUCAGCUUAGUGUUGAAGCCCAACACUCUCUCUGCCAAUGGCAUCGCAGGCGCACCCUGCACGACAACCAAUCCCGCCAUAGUACGCGCCGACGGUCCAUUCGCAGACAGGCGUGUCUUGAGAAAUCAGUGCAGGCUUGUGACACUGAGAGUGGGGAUGUAGAAGAAAGUGGGAAAGAUGAGGCCCAGCAGGAGACGGAAAGCAGCACAAAGGCUGAAGGAGAACACACUGAGCAGCAGGAUGGACAGGAUGGUGAUCAGGACACUCAAUGAUGAUUGUGUUUUGGAUGAAGUAGAAAGGACAUUAGAUUAAAAAUUGUAACAAUCUAUUGUGGAUUAUACCAAUGGUGAAAUUGCUUACAUGUUUGAUUUAACCUAUUUAACCAAAGUAGCGUCUUACAACAAAAGGGGCAGGUCGUCCAUUAAAAUACUCGAAUUAGUAAUCUAUAUUGCACUCAGCCUUAUCUUCCAUACAGUGUAAGACAAAAGUGAGACAAAGAUAUGGAUUUAAAUGCAGGAAAACCCUCCACACUGAGACUUCAACCCGAGUAAUCUCACUUUGGUGACUUUGUAAUCAAAAGUAUGGAAGCCUAAUUAGUUCUACAGAAGCAAAUUAACCCUUACAUACUGUUCAUUUCACGCACAAACACACAGUAUGUUUCAGGUCAAUUUUGACCUGGGCCAAGAAUAUUUUCUUAAUCAUUUUCUGCUGCAUGUAAAAUCAUGAACUCCAGUUCUUUUCAAACUGUCUGAAUGGCCUGUCUGACAUUCAUUCAUGGAUGAUUCAACCAUAAUAAAGGUUUCGGUGAAAAGAAAAGCUGUAUUUUUUUCUGUUACAUUGCAUGUAUUUUUUUUUACAGGUGCGAGGCACCCUCUGGCCUCUGCGUUCCUUAUAGUGAGUAUGAUAUGACCAUUGCUAUUUUACUCUCUCACUGUUUCGAGAUUCCCCUAUGAUGACCCUUCAAAGACCCGCCUGCAUGUUUGUUCGAGAACCUGUACAAAUGUGGUGGUGACACAAACGGGACUGUUUCAAGUGCCCUCUUGAAGACUUGUUACCAGUGUCGCAAUAAAAAAUACACACAUUUAUGGCAUGUACACUUGUACGGUUUCAAAACCCACGCCAUUACCACUAUAUUCCUUUAUUAACACACACUUCAAUAUAAAAUUUA